CAGCCUGGCGCUAUGAAGACCAAGAACCGGCCCUCCAGGCGCCGGGCGCCACCGCAGGACACAGAGACCACCCCGCAGGAGCGGACCCCCGACAGGCCGCAGCCGGGCCCCGGGCCGGAGCUGACCAAGGGUCUGCGGAGCAGGGCGACGCGGGCCCAGGGGCUCCGGGCCGAGGGCGGGCGCAAGAGACCGGGGUCCUCCGGGCCGGGCGGCCGCCGGGAGAGCAGCGUCCAGCGCCGGCUGGAGAGCAACGAGCGGGAGCGGCAGCGCAUGCACAAGCUCAACAACGCCUUCCAGGCGCUGCGCGAGGUCAUCCCGCACGUGCGGGCCGACAAGAAGCUCUCCAAGAUCGAGACGCUCACUCUGGCCAAGAACUACAUCAAGUCACUGACCGCCACCAUCCUGACCAUGUCCAGCAGCCACCUCCCGGGCCUGGACGGGCCGGGCCCCAAGCUCUACCAGCACUACCAGCAGCAGCAGGCAGCGGGGGGUGUGCUCGGCGCCACCGAGGCCCAGCCCGAGGGCCACCUGCAGAGGUACUCCACGCAGAUCCACAGCUUCCGCGAGGGCUCCUAG